AUGCGUGCCGACGCAGUGUUUGGCUUCGCGCUUCUAGCAGCUGAAAGUGUCCUGGGUGCACGCAUCCUACAGGGCAACGAUGAUGGCUGGGCCGAGCUGUACAUUCGUUCAUUCAACGACGCUUUGAAUGCCGCAGGCCACGACGUCGUCCUGUCUGCCCCUGCCGAGAACAAGUCGGGAACAAGCUCCCUGGAUGCCGAGCCAAGCCCUCGGACUACGGCAUGCCAGUACAACAGCUGUCCAGCGAACAGUGGCCCUGUUGGCAGCAAUGCCACGAACCCGCGUCUUAACUGGGUGAAUGCAUAUCCGGUUACUGGAGUUCGCUACGGCAUUGACACAUUCGGCCCCCAGUUCUGGAACGGCCAGGGCCCCGAGCUGGUUGUAACUGGCCCGAAUGUCGGCUCUAAUUUGUGGCUUUCCGUCCCCUUCUCCGGCACUGUCGGGGCUGCCGUCUACGCCGCCCACAAUGCCGGCAUUCCAUCAAUUGCCUUUUCGGGUGCUUCAGAUGGCACGCUUGCAUGGAACACUUUCCCACCACCGCAACGCAGCUUGCUUUACGCUCAACUAGCCACUCAACUGACCAGCGCAAUUCUUGCAUCUGGCGCACCCUAUUUGCCCAGCGAUGUUUGGCUGAAUGUCAACUUCCCGGAGGUGGAGGGUACCUGCACGCAAGCAAGCAGCUUCAAGUGGGUGCUAAGCCGCAUCAACCCCGGACUUUUAUCAGCGCCAGAUGUGCAGCACUGCGGUAGUACACGGCUGCCCACCGAGACGGAUGUGUCUAAUACGGAUGGCUGCUAUAUUUCUGUCAGCGUCGGUGACGCGAAUGAUAAGACAACAGCUGCCGCGGAUAAGCAGGCUGUGGUAUUGCAGAAACUUAGCAGUCUACUUACUUGCUUGCCCUAA